CUUUAAACUUUGAUUUAUUUGAUUGAAAUACAUAGAAGAGAUUGUUAAUGACAAGAUAUCUCUUUUGUCACCAAUUUAAUCAAAGCUUAGCAUGUUUUCUGUCAGACUUUUGUAUUAGUAAGUGGAACAAAAUAAUACAAAACAAAAUAAUAUAGUAUUUAAACUGUCAAAUGUGCCUCUAAUAUGUGUCUUUUUUGUUUUAUUACAGAACAUAUUCUUCUCAUAUGUCUAAUUUUUGUACUAAAAUAUCAAAGCAGCCCUCGAUAACAUCCCCCAAGAAUACAUUAUUCAAUCCUAUAAAUUUUCAGAGCCAGUUGUAUCACUGCUGUGUAUGUAGACCCAAAGUUUGACAUUGUCGGUGGCUGUAUUUUGUGUGGUGAUGCACAUACAGUGAGUGUGUGACUUGGCAGAGGUGGUGCAUGUUGUUGCAGUGGUGUCUCUGUGCUGCUGCUGUGCUCAUGGCUCAGAGGAGGGCUGCUGGAGGCUGCUGCUGCCCCAGAGCGCCCAUGAAUGAAGACAACGCUCGUUUCUGCCUGCUGGCUGGCCUCAUCUUACUCUACUUGCUGUGCGGCGCCGCCAUCUUCUCGGCUUUGGAGCACCCCUUCGAGCUCCGCGCCCGCCUCCUCUGGAAACAGCAGCUGGACAACUUCACCAGGCGAUACAGGGUCAACCUGGGGGCUCUGCACACUCUGCUGCGCCAGUAUGAGGAGGCUAAUGGAGCUGGGAUCAGAGUGGACACGCUGAGGCCACGCUGGGACUUCUCUGGAGCUUUCUACUUUGUGGGCACAGUGGUCUCCACUAUUGGCUUUGGCAUGACCACGCCAGCAACCAUAGCAGGAAAAAUAUUCUUAAUCUUCUAUGGUCUUAUCGGCUGUGCUGCCACCAUCCUCUUCUUUAACCUCUUCCUGGAGAGGAUCAUCACCAUGUUAGCUUACAUCAUGCGCUGGUGCCACGAGCGCCGGCUGAGGUGUGCCGGUGUCGGGGUGAUGUCGAGCAGGGAGGAGUCGUCUGGUGAGGAGGACAGUCUGGAAGGCUGGAAACCGUCAGUCUACUACGUGAUGCUGAUCCUGGGAGUUGCAUCUAUUGUGAUUGCUUGCAGUGCCUCCACUCUGUACAGCUCCAUGGAGAACUGGAGCUACGUGGACUCUCUCUACUUCUGCUUUGUGGCCUUCAGCACCAUUGGCUUCGGGGACCUGGUGAGCAGUCAGAGGCAGCAGUAUGAGUCUCAGGAGGCCUACCGGGUCGGAAACUGCCUUUUCAUCUUAAUGGGAGUGUGUUGCAUCUACUCACUUUUCAAUGUCAUCUCUAUUAUCAUCAAGCAAACUCUCAACUGGAUCCUGGGUAAGAUGGUCUGCUCAGAGAAGCAUCAGCUGUGUUCCUGCUCUACACCCGGCUGGUGCCUCUGCUGCCCCUGCCUCCAGAGCAAAAAUCAAAAGCAGAGGCGUCCACCUGCACAAUUCAGGCCAAAACGCAUGAAACGCAACGCGGUGCAGCCCGUCUCAUCCCACCGACCGGCAGGAAAGCAUCGCUACACAGGCGCCUCGGUGGAGUCUGUGUGUGGCAGUGAGACCGAUGCAGUGGCUGAAGUGUAUGUGGGGCGACGCAUGUCAGGAGAGAUGAUCUCCGUCAAUGAGUUCAUGGUUUCAAAUAAGGUGUCUCUGGCACUGCUCCAGAAGCAGCUGAGUGAAACGGCUCACCAGGGCCCUCGGCAGAGCUACGGCCAUCAGAACGGAUUCUCUGGUGGUGUCGGAGCUUUGGCCAUUAUGAACAACCGCCUGCAGGAGACCAGUGUGGACAGAUAGCAUCAAGAUAGCAGCUUACUUGUUGUGUUUGGAUUCUCUAGAUUCCAUAGGAACAGAUUGUGAAUAUUCCUUAGGAAGUCUUUUUUUUUUUUUUAAGAAAUUCCAUCAUUUCUCUUCUGAUUAUCACAAAACCAAAUUUGGAGAAUAGUACAAUUUCCUUCUAAUUAGAAUUCGUUGAGUGUGAGCAGGUUCAUUAGAAGUCUGCACAGAUAUCAGACUUCCAGGAUGGACUCUGCACAGCUAAUAAUUUUUCAAUGAGGAAAAGGAGAGUAAAAAGACGAUUACAACUGAAAGAAUUCAACAUCACUGUGAAGAGCGGUCUGAUGUCCUGAAGUGAUUGACUCGUACAAAAGCAAUCAGAUGAAAGAAGUGUGAAGGACCACUUAAAGAGGACUGCUGAUUUAAAAGUGCUGCACAUGUCCCCUGAGCUCCUCAUCAGAUAUGGUUGUAUGUGAGGUGGUAGUCAGUAAUGGUGAACAUGCAGACAUGAUAUCUACUGUCUUCUCUUAGAUAACCAGCUCCAUAUAUAUAACCUUUGAAAUGUAAUUUGUAUCUGGAUCUAGCUUCUGCAGGAGCUGUCAAGCACCAAGAAAGAGACAUUUUAAUUUGAUUGCUCACAAGAUGCUCUUCUUGUUUCAUCGUCACACGUCAUUGAAAUUCAUAGGCUUCAUGAAAGAGAUCCAAGGUUUUCACUAGAGUACAUCUAAUCAAACACGGCCUGUAGAGGACGUCCUUAUGUCAAUAAGUGCGUCGCAAAAAAACCACAGGGUCACAUCAGCAGUGCCGAGACAGAGAUUUAGGCUCCUUUUCUAUGCAAGAAAACCAAUUCUGCGUCAUUUUGCAGCAUGUAUGUGGCAGGUUUUCAUCAGUGCUUUGGUUGUUGAGUGCGAGGAGAAAAGCUUCCCUCUUAGACAAAAGCAUCCAUUUUUGUCACGCUCGAUGGUUUGUCUUCAGUGUUACUAAUUUCAAAGCAAUGAGGAGAAAUACUUCUUGUAGCAAGGUAUUAUGGGUAAAAAUACUGCAAGUCGUCAGUCAAAUGUUCUUUAUUUAGGCUUAAAACAAUCUUAUCAUGUAAUGUCUAUACACAGAAAAUGACUAACAGAAAUAAUGUAACAAUGCAGUGUGAUACAGAUAAAAUAAUCCAUACACAAACUGACCCGUUCUGAUGCUGUUUGCUUUGUCAGCUAUACAAAACAUGAAUAAGGCAGCACAGUACGUAUCCAAUUGAUGGGAAAAAUACAUUUCACAUGCACUUUACUUACGAAUGUGUUCAGAAAUAUGUUAAAUAUAUAGAAAUAAUUAAGAAAUGUGUACAUGUAGAACUUAUUUGUGCAAAAUUUAAUUAGGAAUAAUUGACUUUCGGCCAAUUUUUGAAUACUUACUUCAAUUUUUUUGGUCACAAUCAAACAUUAGUCCAGCUGAGUGAGUCCUCGUGUUUAAAAAAAUCUUAAAGCAAACAGCUUUCAGAAAGACUUUAAUUGCACUAGAUCGUGUAAUGUAUUUUUUCUUGAUCUGUGUAGAAUUAAAUAUUUGAUCUCA